AUGGGUCUCAGAGACAUUGGUGCUUCACUGCCUCCUGGGUUUCGGUUUUACCCCAGUGACGAGGAAUUGGUCUGCCAUUACCUCUACAAAAAGAUCGCAAAUGAGGAAGUGCUGAAGGGUACCUUGGUGGAAAUUGAUCUCCACAUAUGUGAACCAUGGCAGCUUCCUGAGGUGGCUAAGCUGAACGCAAACGAGUGGUACUUCUUCAGCUUCCGGGAUCGCAAAUACGCGACGGGGUUUCGAACAAACCGAGCAACAACAUCAGGGUAUUGGAAAGCAACGGGGAAGGAUCGAGCGGUGGUGGAUCCGACCACGCAAGAGGUUGUAGGGAUGAGGAAAACGUUGGUGUUCUACAGGAACAGAGCUCCAAAUGGCAUCAAAACCGGGUGGAUCAUGCAUGAGUUCCGCUUGGAGACCCCACACAUGCCUCCAAAGAUUUUCCAUUCUCUUUCUUCUCGUGUGCAAUUGGAGUUGGAACUGAUGGACUUUAAUUGGAGGAGGGAAAAGAUAAAUAUUGUUUGA